CAGUUGAUAUCUGGUUUUAUGUUUCAGGCCAGAGACAGAGGAGGAGAAGAUGCUGAAAGAAGAAAUAGAACAUCUAAGGAAGGAACUGGAGAAGGAAACUGCAGUAGCUGUAAAUGGGGAGAGUCUGGAGUCUGGUGGAGAGCAAUCUAGUCUACAUGAGCUGAUAUUGAGCAAGGAAAAGGACCUGGAACUGCUGAUCCGUGAGUUGGAUGACAAAGUGAAGUUUGGCCAGAAAGCCCUUGAGAGGCCUGGUUCUGGAGCAGGGAGGGUUGCUGGCUUUCCUGACAGGCCUGGGUCUGGAGCAGGGAGGGGUGCUGGCUUUCCUGAGAGGCCUCCCUCUCAGUCUGGCUUGUCAGAGGACUACAGAAGUAUGGAAUUUACUGAGAGGCCUCGGUCUCGUGGCACGGGAGAUGUGUGGACCAGGACUGGAGACGACAGAAGAGCGUUUCAGGGUGGCAGGGAAAGAGGAUUUCUUGGCAAUAGAGACAUGGACAGGCCCAAGUCUAGGGAAAGAUGGUGAGAAGUCUGUUGGCCUGGAUUCAUUGAGGUUUUUUUUGUUUCCGUUUUGUCACCAGGACAGAAUAAUGUUAUUUUUGUUUCUUCUUUUCUUUCAUGCACUAAGUGGGCCGAGAAAUAUAGCGGAAAAGCUUGGAUAAUUUAUUGUUUCCUCCUCAUACUGGGUGUAAAAUUGCAAAUUUUUUGUCCAUGACGAGUCAAGCGGCCGGCCUUUGUUGUUCCUAGAUACAACCCCCCCACCCCCAAUUGUAUUCCCAAUUGACUGUCAUGGGACUUGCCAUCUUUUUUGCUCAGCAGCAUUAGUUUUGGUGGACUUGCCAUCUUUUUUGCUCAGCAGCAUUAGUUUUGGUUCUUUGUAGUACGGUAUGCAAUUAAUCAGUUUUGUCAACCA